CCCGACGCCGGGGGGAAGAGCCCCGAGCCGAGCCGCCUGGCCGCGGGCCGCCUCCGGAGCGAGCAGCCCUGGAGGUUACGGGGUGAUGGGUGACGAUAGCUCUAUUGAUUAUAGUGUUCAUGAGGCCUGGAACGAAGCCACCAAUGUUUACUUGGUAGUGAUCCUUGUUAGCUUUGGUCUCUUCAUGUAUGCCAAAAGGAAUAAGCGGAAAAUUAUGAGAAUAUUCAGUGUGCCACCUACAGCAGAAACUUUGUCAGAGCCUAACUUUUAUGACACAAUAAGCAAAAUUCGUUUAAGACAGCAACUGGAAAUGUAUUCCAUUUCACGGAAACAUGACUAUCAGCAGCCACAAAACCAAGUUGACAGUGUUCAACUUUCAUUGGAAUGAAAUCUCAGAAAAUGAGCAACUUAAGUAUUCUUAAACAGUCCCAUAGCAAGCUCUUUAUUUUGUGUAUUGAAUCAUGCACUACAUUUCUAAAAAGUCCUGAACACUAGGAACUAAUGUUGAAAGAUACAGGAUAACCAGGAGAUUGUGAUUUUACCUUUUGAAGAUCUUUUAAUUUCUUCAGGAUACAAUCAAUCAAUCAUGAAUAAAGCACACUUUUGGAAGCAAGAACUCAGUUUAUGCCACUUGAUUUGAAAUUUUUUGCAAAAUUUAAAAAACUAGUCAUUGAAAUAACUUCCUUUUAGAUUGUAUUCUAUGAUAAAUGCAAUGUGGAUAGUAGACUUAUUUGUUCUUCUUGUUACCACCCUUGAAUUGCAUAAACUAUCUUUGCUUAUUCAGAACUAGCACUGUUGACUAUGGUCUACAUCAAGAAGCAUAACCAUUGGCUAAUUGUGGAGACUUUAUGAUUGCACUAUUUCCCCCUUAAUUGUGUUCCCAGGAGUUUUUUGUUUCUUAAUCCACAGAAGGGCCAUCCUUAGGUCACCCAGAGGCUAUGUUGCUGAAUAAAUGGCACCUCUAUAUUGAUGUUAGCAACCUGCUUUUUGGUUAUAUGACUGAGUGCUUAACUAUCUGGUUACUUGUACUUUUUUAGGAUGAUUAAGAUUCCCAGAAGACUCUCUUGUGUGCGUUUAUGCUAAGCAGUGAAAUAUUUUUACCUAAUUUUUCAUAUUUAAAUAGAAGCUAUUUUGAGGUAACAGCAGGGAAGUUUAACUAUCUAACUAUCCAAAAAUUUGUUUUUGAAUCAGUUAUUCUAAAUUCAGAGAAUUAGUUAAUAUUUCAGGCAUUACUUCUUUUUCCUCUUUAUGAUUGUGAAGUAAAGAAUGUAAAUUUUAAAUGAAAAGGUUUAGACCAAGUAAAAUCAUUCAGGAAAAUUGCGUUUUCUUUUAUCAAUUUAAUGUAUAUUUUGUACAAGGUGAAUUCUUGUCCAAAUGAAAUAAUUCUUAACUCAGAAAUGAGUUUGAGUGUACAGCAUUCUAUACAUAGAAUAUAAAACUGGCUAAAGGAUUAUGGUUAUGAUUAGAGGGUGGGACUAGCAGACUGGCAAGGGGACAGUCCUCUUAAACUUGGCUUUCCUCUGAAGAGAAGCAAAGUAUAUUUCCAUGAGCAGAGGACAUAAGCAGGAGCGUGAAUGGUUUGCUUGCUGUCACUGAUAUGGCAUAAUAAGGACAAAUUACAAAAAUUGGCCAUAAAUAAAUAUAAAUUACAUUGCAGAUGACUAUGUCUUGUAUCCACUGGAGAGAGAUGAUCAUAACUCAAAAUUGGUAGAUCUUAGAGUGAGCAUCUAACCUUGGCAAGCAAGAGAGAAUAAAUUCCUCCUCAUUUUUUCCUCUAAACUAACUGAUGGGAAUCAUACCGCCUACUGGCAGAAACAACAGCAAGUCCAGCUUUGAAGUUUCUUCACUGCUUCAACAGCUGGCUGGGAAAAAAGGGGUGGAAGCCCUGCAGCCACACUUCAAAGCAACACCAGCUGAUUGUCCCGCUUCUGCCCCUGAAUCCACUAAGGAUUCAACAGAACUGUUUUCUUUGGAAGAAAAAUGGAAUGACUCACCAAGUGGGAACUAACACUUGUGUUCUCCUUUUCCUUGUUUCUUCUCUUUAAUUCAGAAGAUAUUCAGCAGCAAGCACUGGUCGGCCUCUGUGGGUGCACAGCUUGAGUGUGUUAAAUAAUUGGAUGUUUAGCUGAUGCCAGCCAGCUGCAUGAAGGGAAGAAGUUAGCUUCCAAAGGGCACAGAUGUUUGCUAUUGACCUCGUACUGUUUCAGGUGGAGCUAUUUAUGUGAUUCAUCAGAAAUGCAGAGUUUAUAGUAAAAUUGCUCUAAUGUCAGAAAUAAGUUAAAUGUUGGGUAGAAAUAGAUAAAAUAGUGGUAAUAAAAAUAGUUUCAGAUAUUAAGAUAAUAAUACUCAUUUCACUUAGAAAGUAUAAUUAAAGGGAGAAGAGAGAAAAUAUUUAUGGAGUCAAUUCAUUCAACAGUUACAUGCUCAGCUAACCAUGUGUGAUCCUUAUAGGCUAUUCUACUCUAAUAACAAAAUUAGAAGAGAGAAUAGGUAUUGGAAACCAAAUGGAAAUAAGGGCACUUGACUUGCAACCUUGCACUUUGAUAAGUCAUUGCAUUUUUCUUCCAAAGAAAACGUAGGAUCAGGGAUCAAGGACUAGAGCUCAGUCUUAAUAUAUUUCCCAUUUGACUCCCUAAUAAAGUCAGAGCUGACUACGCAAAAGCAAGAAAAAUAUAUAUUUAAAGCAAGAAAAUUUUCUCAUUUCUUCUUUUUGUCCCUCUUCAGCUUCCUGUAAAUCUAUUUGGGUGAGAUAACUCUUGAGUGAGGAGUUGAGUGAAGAGAAAGAAGUAAGCUAUCACUUAACUCCUAUAGCACAUAUGGAAACAGGAGCAGGAAAUCGUUCCCCUGGCUUUGACCUCUCACCCCAAAAUAAAUGAAUGGCAUUUAGCAGUGUAUUCUGUACUCAUGUAUUUCCUAGAUAAUGGUGAAAAACUAAAAUAUUUAUGUAGAUAAGUGACAUUCCACAUUCUAGGUGGGAAGCUGAGAAAAGUCAGGGGAGGCAGUUUGCUCACAGGCUUACUGGUUCUCCCCCAUUUUGAUACUAUGUUCACUUUUUUUUAUCUUUGAUAUUUCUAGCUCCAUAUUUCUUUCUUCACACUCAAACAACAGAGAUCUCACUGUUAUGAAAGAGUGACUCCAUUGUAGGGAUUUUUAUGAAAAAAUAUUUUGACAAAUUUCAAACUAGCUGAAGAAAUUUGGGGAUCUUUAAUGACAACCAUUGGUGUAAACUUAGUUGUAAGUUUCUUCUGUCUGAAGAAAUCUGAAUUUCUUGAAAAACUACAUGACAAAUAUAAAGUAUUUUUAUAAAUAAAACAUGUUUUUACAUUCAUUGUUUUGGGACAGGAUUGCAAGUGCCUCUGAGUAAUAUUUUAUUUGAGAUUUAAAAAACCAGGACCAUUCAAGUUGACUACAGCCUAAUAUAAUUCUUACAACUGAAGUGGUUUCUCGCACCUAGUGUAACUAUCCUGGUAACUAUCCCAACAUAAAUACUCGGUAAAUACUUGUUGAAUUAGUUAAUUUACUUGAAACAAUUUCUAGAAUCAAUUUUUAAUUUUUUUUUAAAGUGUAGGUUCUUCUGGUAAUGGGAGAGUAAUUGUAUCAGACUAAGUCUCUCACAGAUAAUGAGUUCAGAGCAAAGCAUGGCAUAACCAUAAGCAGACAUCACGGUGAUGCUUAAAAGAAGGGGAGUGCAUUGGAUGAGAUCUAUGUGUAUGUUUUACCUGAAGGCAUUUCCCAUCUACCCGUUGAGAGAGAUUAGGCAUCAAACAAUACUACAAUAAAACUGGUUUUAGGUGGCCUCCCCGGUAGCGCAGCGGUUGAGCGCUGGGUUGCGAAGCUGCCCGCAGCCUUUGCAGCGCCAGUUCGAUCCCCGGCUGCUCCCCGGCCACCAGAGGAGGGUCCCACAUGGCGUGCAGACCUCUCCUGUCGCCCGCUGCUUCCCUCAGCAAUGUAUCUCAGUCCUUCUGCCUGCUCUGCUCUGGUGAAUUCUCUCACCCUCCCGUGCUUCUGACUGUACCCAGUGCCUGUAUAAAUAAAUAAAUCUUAAAAAAAAAAACAAAAACACGUUUUAGGAAUAGGAUAUAGUUCAGGGUUUCCAGACAGUCAGGAAAAUGAAGAGGACCAUCACAAAAAAAAAAGUGAACCACAGAAGUGGAACCCCCAAAUCUACAUAUAAACUCUUAGUCCUUAACUUAUUCCUGAACUACAAGAUGAAGAGACUCUAAGAAGCCUGGCAAAAAAAAAAAUUGGUGAAACUGAAAAAACAUAGUGUUUUCAACUGUUGCUCACCAUAGGAAGAUUUUUUUGAGUCCUACCAAACUGCCUGCUAGAGUAAAAAAGCACUUUUCAGAGGAGGAUAAUGGAAUCCAGAAUCUCAACAUCAUAUCACCCACACAAUGUCCAAUAUAUAGUUUUUUAAAUUGUAGGAAUAAGAUCAGGAAAAUGAGAUCCGUGGUCAAGAGAAGAACUAGGACAGUGACCCACAGUGAAGAGAAAAAAUAGUUGAUAUAAACUGACUCCAAGAUGACCCAGAUGGUGAAUUAGUAGGUAAGGGCUUCAAUACAGUAUUACAAAUAUGUUUACAUAAAUGAAGUACUUUCAAAUAAAUGAUAAUUGAAAGGCUUUGUCAGAACAGAUCUGCUGUAUAGGAAAUACUAAAGGAAGUUCUUAGGGCCAAGGAUAAGAGCAAAUAGAAACUCAAAUCUAGACAUAAUAUAUGACAAUUUGGGGAGAGACAAUGAUAGAAAAAGUAGGGACUUUUACUGAGUGGGGAUUAAGAGUAUAUAGGAUUUCUUCUACUAUUAUAACUUAUCUAUAACUUGAAAUUAUUUUUAAGUCAUAGUAAAAUAUUUAUAAACCGAUUUCUUAGUAAACCAGAUUCUUCUGUGUCAUACAUUCAUUAGCAAAACUGAGAAACUGGAGAAUUUCCAAAGAUAUUUUAGACAUUAUGCUUUUUCCUUCUCUACCUCGCCCCUAAGUAUCUAAUAUCCUACUGUUCUUUAUCAAAAUCUACUUUCAAGAAAAUCUGAAACAUUUCCACAAAAAUGCAAAUGACUGAUGAUAAAGUGCAGGGCAUUCAUUUUGCAUUUUAACAGCACCUUCAGUUGGAAAGCUAGGAAGUUUCCAGAGUAGUAAUUUUAAAGGAAUGAGAACCUUUAUGAUCUUUGAAAUCAUAUCAUGUUAACAACUAACUCCACCUAUUCACUUGGCAACCACUUCUGAUUCUGCCUUUCUCCAUUAUCUUAGUUUAAACAUUAGCAACCAGAAUAUCACCUCCUCCCUGUGAGAAUUAUUAAAUGCAUUUGUAAUUCCUUAAAAAAUAAUAUUUCUGCAGCUUUGUAUCUGUUUAGGGCACAGUCAACUCUUAUUAUUUCAUUUCUGUGAGAUGUGAAAGUAGAUAACAGAAAGUGAUCUUUCAAUUACCAUCUAAAAGUGAGCAAUGUCUAUGACUCUCCUCACCUUGAACUUAUGUGAUACUGAGAAAGGUGAAGAUUACAUGGGAAGAAAUAUCUCCAGGGGCAAACAGAUAGAGGUACAAAGGCAGGUAUAUAAAAACAAUUUUUUUUUUUUAAAGAUUUAUUUAUUUAUACAUACAGGAACUGGAGUGCAGGCCAGAGAUGUGGUAGGUAAGAGGAUUCACCAGAGACAGAGUGGGGAGCAGAACAGGCAGAUCUACUGAAAUACACUGCUGAGGGGAGCAGCGGGCAAGGCAAGAGAGGUCUGCUGCGCCAUGUGGUUCACCUCCCUGGCCUGGCCUGGGAUCGAACUCAUGCUGCAGUGGCUGCAGAUAGCUUCAUAGUGCUGCAUUUUAACCACUUGCGCCACCAGGGAGGCCCCUAAAAACAGAAUUUCUGACAAACAUACAGCAACUCCCUGUACUUAUUAGUGUUUUUUGGACUUAGGAAUGGUACAUUAAAGAUACAGAAGUAAUAACUGAUUUUCUUUUCUCUAACAUCAAGUUUUUUCUUUAUCCAUUGUAGCAACUUACAAAUACUAGAUGUUUCAACAAAUUUUCACUUAAUUAAAUCAUGUUGCGUCUAGUGCUAUGGUAUUCCAGAAAGCUGUCAGUCCUAUGGAAUUACCCUAUUUAAAUAGUUCUCUACUUUUUCCCGAGUGCAACAAAAAACAACAGCAAUUUUUACCAUUCUUAAAGUUCUUACUGUCAGUCCAGUAUACUUUAUGAAAUUGGUUAAAUCCCAACAACAUAUCAUACUUCAUUUUAUUUUUGUUUUUCAGAGUCUUAAAAUAGCAAACACGUAUUAUCUCAGAUCUGAAGAAUUCAGGAGCUAGGUGGUUUCAGAUCUCUCCUGAGGUUGCAGAGAGGAUGUCAGCAGUCAGCUGGGCUACGUUCUGUUGGAAACUAGAGGAGGGACUUCCAAGACGGCACCUCGUGGCUGUGGGCUGGAGGCCCCAGAUCCCUGCCACAUAGGCUGCAUAUUUAAUACCUUCCAGAAAACAAAAAGAGGAGGCUGGAUCUUUCUCCCCCAAAAUAUUCAAGAACACAGUAUACCAGAUAUU